GGUUACCUGUAUAUCUCUGACCCGGGUUUAGACCGGAGGUGAUGACCGGCGCUCUGACACACCCGGGCCGGGCUCCGGUGGCCUUCGGCCGGCGGGCCGUGCCGCUGCUGUUCGCCGAGCUGCGGCGGCCGGAGGCGGCGAGGAGGCGGCGGGCUCUGGCUUCACUCUGCGACCUGACGCACGACCCGGAACCGCUGUACCAGACCGUGACCGGGGGUUUUCUGGAUCAGUUGACAGUUUUGUUUGAGGAUGAAGAUCCAUCAGUCAGAAGCAAAACCUGCGAGCUGCUUCACCUGCUGACCGGCCACAGCAUCGGCAG